GUUACCAAUUAUUUACAGCAAAUGACAAGUUGUGAUAACGAAGAAACCUUUAUGGCAAAUUCGUUCUAUUUCCAUCAUUUGAGAAAUCAUUCUACAGAGCAUGCGUGUUGUUACUAAAUAUAACUGGCAACCAUGUAUUCAAACGCAAACGCGCAAUUACGAAACGAAAUGAUCGAUGCGUUUUAGCAGGAAGAAGAACGCAAAGUGAUCGCUUGCUCGAACAGGAAGUACGGAAUUCUGACUCUCAUUCUGUGUACGACUUUUGAGACGAUAGGAAGUUUUGUACCAUCGUUGUGAAAUUUGGAUACGACAUGGCGGAGCCUGUAGAUAUGACACUGCAGAUCAGUAAUAAACAAAAUAAAUGCUACCGGAUGAAAGACUUGACACGUGCGUCGUCAGUUAAUAUUGCGAACAUACCACCCAUACGGGGUGAAACAGAAAAUCUAGUGCCGGGGAGGACACAACAAGUGCUGUCGCAGAAACAGCAGGAGGUUGACAAAACGGAACAAUUAUCUCGCGAACUAGCGGCAGAGAAGGCAAGAAGCACACAACUAAUGGAGGAACUUGAACAAAGCAGAAGAAUGAACGAGGAGCUAAUAGCUGGUCUAACGGAAAGGGAUGCCAGCAGAUCCGAUUUCGAGAGAGACAAUCGCUUUUCUAGCACCCGUAGGGCACCAGGUGCAUCGAACUUGGAAGAAUCCAGGUUCUACACAUCAAUUAACCAGCUUUCCAUUUCUUCCAUCAACAUCCCCGAAUGUAAGCCGGAUGAAGAUGGUGAAAUCCAUCGUCAGUCUUUUGAAGCAUGGAAAGAUCUUUUGGUGGACUCUAUGACGUUAGCUGGAAUAGAGGACGAAGUUACCAAGUUUAUGAUCUUCAAGGUUAAGUCCGGCGCGAGACUUCUUGAAAUAUUCAGGAACACAAGAUCGGUGGAAGAAGACCCCAAUGUUAAUGAUUUUCCAUUCGCAAAUGCAAUAUCCAGGCUAAAGUCCUAUUUUGGAUCUGGAUCCGACGUUAUGCUCAUGAGACGGAAGCUAGCAUUGUUGAACCAGAAGCCAGAUGAAUCCGAUUUAUCGUACAUAACACGGGUCGGAUCAGUAGCUCGACUGUGUGAGUUCGAGGGGUCAAAAGAAUUUGAGCAAAUUGUUGCAACAAUUGCCGAACAUGCUACAAACUGUGAAGUACGGACAGCAUCACUGAAAAUGUUGAGCCGCAAACAAUGUUUUACAGACCUCGUCGACAAAGUGCGCGAGAUCGAGGCAAUUAAGCUAAAUGAGGAGUUUGUUCGAAACAAGUAUGCAAACCCAGGACACGCAGUCGUCGCAUCCGUUAGUGCAUCAUUUUCAAAGUCCGCGAACCGCCCAUUCAACUUUAAUCCACAGCGCAAUUUUCAAAACUACGGUAACAGGCCACUUAGAGGUGGAUUUCGAGCUCCAAGGGGUAGACAGUACUACACUGCUGGUGGCACUUCUUUGCACCCAUCACGAAAUGAAAAAUGCUGGCGUUGUAAUAGCAUAUAUCAUGCAGCACAUGACUGCAGUCACAGAGACAAAAAGUGUAACUAUUGUGGGAUUAAUGGUCAUAUUCAACGAGCGUGUCGUUCACGUAGUAAUGGUCCAGGUAUUAAACGACCAACAGCAGAGCCAUUGGAAAAUACUCCUCGGAAGAUAGCACUAAUAGAUGAAGUGAAAGACGACACGGAAUCUAUUCAACCAAUGCGUCCGAAAUCCGAACGAAAUUUGGCGACAUUACACAACCCUACUUGCAAAACCAGUGACGGUUUCAAUGUCUUACCUAAUACAGUUGGAAAGAUUUCAAUCUGGAAUAUUGCCCAGAUCACAGACCCUAGCAACAAUGACCAGGUCAUUAAGAGAGAUGACGCUAUCAUCACUGCAACUGUAUCUGGCAUGCAAUGUAUUUUCAUGAUUGAUUCCGGAGCACAAGUGAAUACUUGUACGGAAGCUAUGUUCAAGGAUCUAACUGCGGACAUUAAUUACAAAAGAGGAUUAUUAAACAUUCAAUUCAAGUCGGAUAAAUCUCUAAAGGCAUAUGCAACAGAAGGACACAUAAAUGUUUUGGCAACUUUCCAUGCUCCCCUCUAUGUAUCCAGGGACAGACCAACCUAUAUCGAGAAGUUCUAUGUAGUCAAGGAAGCUCGUGCUUUACUAGGGAGGCCAACAGCUUCACGAUAUAGUAUACUGAUGCUGGGUCUACAAGUUCCCCUUCAACCUCUAGCGGAGCAUGCUUUCGAUGAAUUGUACCCAGGUGAAAUUGCAACGGUUGCUUUCGACGGAAUAUUUCCCAAGUUCAACGUCCCACCAGUCAAAAUCUACUAUGAUACAUCGAAACCGCCAUGCAGGACUGUGUUCACUAAUAUUCCGCUGGCUGUUAAACCUUUAGUCGAAAAAAGGCUGCAGAAUCUUGUAUCAGCGGACAUUAUCGAAAGAGUAGUAGAUGGAAUGGAUACUUCGUUCUGUUCGUCGAUGUUAGUUGUACCAAAAGGUAAAGAUGACAUUCGUCUAGUCAUCGACUUGCGUGGACCAAAUCGCUAUAUACAACGAACGCCGUUUCCGAUACCUACACUGGAGAAGAUAGUGGCUGAGCUUGAUGGAGCCAAGUGGUUCUCUACAAUCGACCUUUCGAAUGCAUUUUUUCAUAUAGAAUUGCAUCAAGAAUCGCGACACCUCACAAACUUUUUUACCGAAUUCGGUAUGUUUCGGUGCGUCAGGCUUCCCUUUGGCCUAUGCAAUGCCCCUGAUAUAUUUCAGGAGACACUACAAAGAACCAUUCUGGCUGGUUGCAAGGGAUGUAUAAAUUAUUUGGAUGAUUGCUUGAUAUUUGGUGGCACAAAAGAAGAACACGAUGAAAAUCUGGCAAAUGUACUCGCAUGUCUUGCUAACCAUAAUGUCAGACUAAACAAAGACAAGUGCGUUUUUGGAAGUCAGUCGGUAAGAUUCAUUGGUUUUCAACUCACUCCUGACGGUUGGCAAAUUGAGGAAGAAAAAGCCCAAGCGAUUAAAAAUUUUAGGCAACCAAAUUGCACCGCUGAAGUGAAAAGUUUUCUGGGGUUAAUCACUUUUGUGGACAGAUUUAUUGUCCAUCGAGCAACGAAAUCUGAACACCUACGAAAUCUCGCGAACUCCGAAACAUUUUACUGGACUGACAAAGAAAACGAAGAAUUCAGCCAGCUCAAAAACGAAAUUUCAACUUCCAUAAAAAGGCUCGGAUACUACAACGUGACCGACCGCAUAGAACUAUUCGUAGAUGCCUCGCCUGUUGGUUUGGGAGCGGUACUUACUCAAAUUAACGAAAUGGGCCUUCCAAGGGUUAUAGCCUGCGCGUCCAAAUCAUUGUCUCUUUCGGAAAAACGAUACCCUCAGACUCAGAAAGAAGCUCUUGCAGUUGUCUGGGGUGUAGAAAGAUUUUCCUACUACUUAUUAACCAGGACUUUCACUAUUCGCACGGAUGCAGAAGCGAUACAAUAUAUUUUCGACGCGAAUCAUCGUUUGGGCAAACGUGCAAUUUCACGGGCAGAAAGUUGGGCACUUAGAUUGCAGCCAUACGACUAUGAAAUCAAGAGAGUACCCGGAAAUAAAAAUAUUGCUGAUGCUUUGUCACGACUCAUUUUAGCAACACAAGAGUCGGUCCCAUUCGAAGAGGAUAAAGAAAGUCACUACCUUUAUUCCUUAGAUUCAGGUAACAUGGUUAUCACUUGGAAUGAGAUAGAAAUGGCAUCUGAAAAUGACAGCGAAUUACUAUCCGUUAGAGAAGCAUUAAUGUCGAACAAAUGGCCUGCUGAUCUGCGUCCGUAUGAGGCACAGAAACCUAAUCUACGCUCUCUAGGCUCUAUGGUCUUCAAAGACGACAGAGUGAUACUACCAAACACUCUGCGAAGAAAAGCCCUCGAGUCUGCACAUGGUGGACAUAUCGGAGAAGUGGCAAUGAAGCGAGUAAUGCGUGAGUACUUCUGGUGGCCCAGGAUGUCCACAGAGAUAACUCGCUUCAUGAAAGAUUGCAAUACCUGUGUUCAACUUUCAAGACGUAACCCACCGUUGCCUCUCUGCUCUCGAGAAUUACCCGAAGGCCCAUGGCAAAUGUUGCAAGUAGAUUUUCUCGCAGUACCUACCUUUGGAACCGGAGAGUUUUUGGUAGUAAUUGAUACGUAUUCGCGCUACCUGUAUGUAGUAGAAAUGAAGACAAUUGAUACUGUAUCUACAAAUUCAGCUCUAAACGAAGUUUUCAGAAUGUGGGGAUACCCGUCAGUCAUACAGAGCGACAAUGGACCUCCAUUCCAGAGUUCUGGAUUCGUCAAAUACUGGGAAGACAGAGGUGUUAAGGUACGAAAAUCUGUACCACUCAGUCCUCAGAGCAACGGAGCCGUGGAAAGACAAAAUUCAGGUAUCAUCAAAGCCUUGUCUGCGUCGAAAUUGGACGGAUCAAACUGGCGCCUAGCAUUGCAACAAUACGUGCACCGGCAUAACACACUAAUUCCGCAUUCCCGACUACUGGUUACCCCUUUUGAACUUAUGGUUGGAUGGAAGUACAAAGGGAAUUUUCCUGGUCUUACGAAAUCAUUUAAUUACUGCGAUUCCAGCAAACUUGAUCGCACAACUAUUUAUGAGCGGGAUACCGAAACGAAACUUGCAUCCAAGCAAUAUGCUGACCGGGUGCGCGGCGCUAAGGAUAGCAAAAUAGACAUUGGCGAUACCGUUUUACUGGCGCACAAGAAAAAGAAUAAAACUGACCCCACCUUUUCAUCGGAUCGGUUUGAAGUUGUAGCCAGGGAUGGAGCAAAGGUCGUCCUAAUGAGCAGAUCGGGAAUUCAGUACGCUAGGAACGUACAAGAUGUAAAACUAGCACCAACUCCGGUUUUGAACCAAUCUGGCGGACUGUCUUAUGAAACAGUUGACUCCGAAAAGCAAGCACAGUACACACAAGAAGCCACUACUGCCGAUCCAGUACCACUUGAAGGAGAGUCCAGGAACCUGCGACAACGGUCCUCUUUGAGACCUCCAGCGAGAUUUGACGAAGAGUACAUUUACCGAGUGUUUUAUUGA